GGCAUAAAUUGAACGAAGUCCUUACGAAUACUCAUCAGUUGCUCAAGUCGAUCAGGUUCCAACGCAAGCUUUGAUCCCUUCCCACAACGCCAUCAUGGUCCACUUCACCACUCUUUUUAUUGCAGCGCUCGCAGCUGUCCCAUCGCUUGCUCAUCCAGGCCAUGACAUCGCAGCUGAGAUCGCAGAGCGGGCUGAAUACCGUAGCAGCAAGGAGUAUCGUUCGCUCUCUCACUGUGCGGACGCCAUCAAGGCUCGCGAUCACAUGAUGGUCAAACGCCGCAUCGAGCAAGUUCAACAACUGCAAGCAAAGCGCGGUCUCGAGCGCCGUAGUUUGACGGAUGUCUUGAACAAAGACCACAAGUCGACUAAGAAAGUCACCCCGGACAGCUCUGCUGCUGACAUCUUUGGAUCGAACAACUCCUGCAUCUUGCAGCCUGAGACUACUGAGGGCCCUUACUAUGUUACUGGCGAACUAGUUCGCAAGGACAUCACUGAUGGUCAGAAGGGUGUUCCCUUGACCUUCGACGUUCAACUGAUCGACACCAACACUUGCAAACCCGUUUCUAAUGUCGCACUUGAGGCUUGGUACUGCAACUCUACCGGUGUCUACGGCGGAGUCAACGCUGGCGGCAAUGGCAACUCGAACGAUAAGUCCAACCUCGACAACCCGAUGCUGCGUGGCAUCCAGUUCAGUGACACUGAUGGUGUUCUGCAAUUUGAUGGCAUCUUCCCUGGUCACUACACUGGCCGAACGCCGCACAUUCACAUCCUCGCUCAUCAGAACGCUCAAACUACCGUCAAGUCGUACGGAACUGUCCUCACUGGUGGCACCAUCUCGCACGUUGGUCAGCUCUUCUUCGAUCAGUCGCUCAUCACCAGUGUUGAGAAGACGGCCCCAUACAACACCAACACGCAGAGUCUCACUACCAAUGCCAAGGACGGUAUUCUCGCUGGAGAGGCUGCGACUAGCGAUCCAGUUCUCAACUACGUUCUCCUCGGCAGCACUGUCUCCGAUGGCAUCUUCGGCUGGGCCACUGUCGGCAUCAACACGAAGCUGAGCAAGACAGUCAAGGCUGCUGCCAACUACGACCCGACUGACUAA